GCUCUUCUGCCAGGCACACACUAGACACACACGCACACACACACACACACACACACACACACACACACACACACUCACGCGCGCGCACGGGCGCGCGCGUACACACGCAUAGAACCCACAUCCACGCACACAGAGCAGCCAGCUCUCGCUCUCUCAGUCUCCCUCUCCGGCCUCUGUCCCUCUUCUCCCAUGCAGACAGACAGAGAGACGGAACAUGGCUGACGACUCCACAGGGCAUCGAGGAUGCAGCCCGGUGGUGGCGGCUGCAGCGGCGGCAGCAGCAGCAACAGUGGCGGCAGGGGCGGCAGCAGCAGCAGCAGUAACAGCGGCGGCGGCGGCAGCAGCAGCAGCAGCGGCAACAGCAGCAGCGGCGGCAGCAGCAGCAGCAGCAACAGCAGCAGCAGCAGCACAGGCGGCGGCGGCUCCGGCGGCUGCAUCAUCGGCAUCCCUCAGACUACCAGAGCUCCCUUUCCCUCUGACAGUCACUGACGUCUAUUGCCGCUAGAAGAGUUCCCGCUCCCCUAGCUCCUGAUCCCCCUUCCCUACCUCCAGCACCUCUGCCUCUCCCUCCUCCUCCUCUUCCCCCUCCUCCUCCUCUUCCUUCACCGCCACCGGCAGCACCGGCGGCCGCCGCGGCCGAGGCACCCAGGCAGGCGGCGGCGGCGGGAGCAGCCAUUUCAUCACCCCAGAAACCAGACACAAAAACAUGGCAGAAAUGGAGAAAGAAGGGAGACCUCCCGAAAAUAAAAGAAGCAGGAAACCGGCUCACCCUGUGAAAAGGGAGAUCAAUGAGGAAAUGAAGAACUUUGCUGAAAACACCAUGAAUGAACUUCUUGGCUGGUAUGGUUAUGAUAAGGUUGAAUUGAAAGAUGGCGAGGAUAUUGAAUUCAGGAACUACCCUACAGAUGGGGAGAGCCGGCAGCACAUUUCUGUUCUCAAAGAAAAUUCUUUGCCAAAGCCAAAAUUAUCCGAGGACAGUGUUAUUUCACCAUACAAUAUGAACACAGGCUAUCCAGGGCUUGCCACGGGAAAUGGACUAACUGACUCACCAGCAGGGUCAAAGGAUCAUGGGAAUGUACCCAUUAUUGUACCAUUAAUUCCACCACCUUUCAUAAAGCCACCAGCAGAAGAUGAUGUGUCAAAUGUACAAAUAAUGUGUGCCUGGUGCCAGAAAGUGGGAAUCAAGCGAUAUUCCCUGAGUAUGGGAAGUGAGGUGAAAAGCUUCUGCAGUGAGAAGUGCUUUGCAGCUUGCCGAAGAGCAUACUUCAAGAGGAACAAGGCUAGAGAUGAAGAUGGACAUGCUGAAAAUUUCCCCCAGCAGCACUAUACUAAGGAAACUCCAAGGCUUGCCUUCAAGAAUAACUGCGAACUACUUGUAUGUGACUGGUGUAAGCACAUAAGGCACACAAAAGAAUACCUGGAUUUUGGGGACGGGGAGCGAAGGCUUCAGUUCUGCAGUGCAAAAUGUCUCAAUCAGUACAAAAUGGACAUUUUCUACAAAGAAACACAGGCCAAUCUUCCAGCUGGACUGUGCAGCACAUUACAUCCUCCGAUCGAAAAUAAAGCAGAAGGUGCUGGGGUACAGCUGCUGACUCCAGACUCUUGGAAUAUACCGCUAACAGAUGCUCGGAGGAAGGCCCCCUCCCCAGUGUCUGCAGCUGGCCAAAAUCAAGGGCCUGGACCAUCCUCGUCAACCACCGUCUCUCCAUCUGACACUGCCAACUGCUCUGUCACAAAAAUCCCCACACCAGUUCCCAAACCCAUUACCAUCAAUGAGACUCCAAAUGUCCCUCCAGUUUCUGUUCAGCCACCUGCUAGUAUUGUGCCUCCAAUCGGUGUCCCACCUCGGAGUCCUCCCAUGGUGAUGACAAACCGAGGGCCUGUCCCCCUGCCCAUCUUCAUGGAACAGCAAAUCAUGCAGCAGAUUCGCCCUCCCUUUAUUCGGGGGCCACCUCACCAUGCCUCCAACCCUAACAGCCCUUUGUCUAACCCAAUGAUCCCUGGGAUUGGUCCACCACCGGGUGGUCCCAGAAACAUGGGCCCCACCUCCAGCCCUAUGCACAGGCCAAUGCUAUCACCUCACAUCCAUCCCCCCACGACGCCAACCAUGCCUGGGAACCCCGCGGGAUUGCUGCCCCCGCCCCCUCCUGGAGCACCUUUGCCUAGUCUUCCCUUCCCUCCCGUCAGCAUGAUGCCAAAUGGCCCUAUGCCUAUGCCACAGAUGAUGAACUUUGGGUUGCCAUCCCUUGCCCCACUGGUGCCACCCCCAACCCUGUUAGUGCCAUACCCCGUCAUCGUCCCGCUGCCUGUGCCCAUCCCCAUCCCCAUCCCCAUCCCUCAUGUCAAUGAUUCCAAGCCCCCUAACGGCUUCUCUAGCAAUGGGGAAAACUUCAUUCCAAACACACCCAGCGAUUCAGCUGGGGGCAAGUCAAGUGGACACUCCUUGUCCCCUAGAGACUCCAAGCAAGGGUCUUCUAAGUCCUCUGACUCAUCCCCCGGCUGCUCGGGCCAGUCGUUGAGUCAUGCGGCGGCUCAGCAGGAGCAUGGUAAGAAUGAGGUGGUGGAUUUGACUGUGCGGUCCAGCAGCCCGGUGAACAAUAAGUUUAGUUUUUCCAGUGUGGUCCAGGGUCCUCAGGAUGGUGUGAUAGACCUGACCGUGGGCCAUCGGUCCCGGCUGCACAAUGUCAUUCACAGGGCCCUGCAUGCUCAAGUUAAGGUGGAACGCGACCCUAGCAGUGUUGUAAGCAUGGCUUUUGGUAGCUCGGACAAAAGGAACUGCAGCACCUGCAGGGACAAUAUUUGCAGCGCGGCUGACCCAAAAACUCUGCCUGGUGGUGACUCAACCCACUGCGGGCCCGUCUCUCUGGUCGCCUCAGGCCCUUCGGGACUCGAAGCCACCAGUGCCGCGGUUUGCAAUGUCAUCGUGAACGGGACAAAGAACACCGAGGGUUCUAAGAGCUCGGAGCAGCCUCCCGAGCAGUUGCCUCCAGCGCCGCCGCCGCCUCCUCUGCUUCCGCCGCUGCCUCCUCCUCCUCCUCCUCCUCCCCUGCCACCCUCCCAGAAGAAGUCGCAGCAGCCAGAGGAGCCAGCAGUGAGUGAAUUGGAAUCCGUCAAGGAGAACAACUGUGCUUCCAACCUCCACAUGGAUGGAGAGGCCGGCAAAAAGCUGAUGGGGGAAGAGGCCCUCACGGUGGGUGAUAAGACAGACCCAAACCUUAAUAACCCUGCAGAUGAGGACCACGCCUACGCUCUGCGGAUGCUGCCCAAGACAGGCUGCGUGAUCCAGCCUGUGCCAAAACCUGCAGAAAAGACUGCCAUCGCACCGUGUAUCAUUUCAACGCCAAUGCUCAGCACCGGGCCUGAGGACCUGGAACCGCCAUUGAAAAGGAGGUGCCUCCGAAUUCGAAAUCAAAAUAAGUAAAAGGAAUACUCACUCACAGGGUACCUUGCAUGGAGAAAGGGAGCAGAGCAAACCAUGUCACUCCACCAAAUGACACCAGCUGGUCAGCUCACCACCCCUCUGGCUAAAACUCAAGCAAAUAAAGCAGCUUCCUGUCAUUAAGCGUCUCAGAGGAAGCUGCCCUCCCACGGUGGCCUCUGGCCCAAAAGAGCCAGCACAUCUUGGACCCACCAAGCCCGCUCAGCAUUCCUGCUGCUGCCACCUCUUCUCAUCCCCAGGAGAACUUGGGGAUUUUGCCCAUGGUUUAAAACAAGACAAAACAAAAACAAAAAAAGCACCAAUAAACCACAAGGACCAAUGUAGGUACUUUCCCCUCUCUGUCUUCAAGGCUCAGAAAUGUGAGACUGAAAGAUGAUAUGGAUUUUAAAAAAAAAAAUUUUUUUUGUCUUUUCAAAAACUGCUGUGGUUUUGCUGCUACACUAAGAAUUGUGAUUUGCAUUGUACGGUUUUGGACCUAUACUAUUCACGUUUUGGUGGGGGAAAGGGAUUCAACUGGAGUCACAGUGCUUCAGAGUCAUCUCUAGCCUACCCAGGAUGCACUUUUAAAUGAAGAGUUAGAAUAUUUUAUUGGCUAAUAUACUUUUUCUUGUUAUUUUUACAAAGGCCACCUUUAUCCUUUUUAAUGCCAUAUUUUCAGUGUUACACUUUUAUGGGUUUUAAUUUUUGAUUUGACAGAUGUAAGAAGCAGCAUGAAUAGUUUAUACUGUGGUUUUUCAGAGACGGAAUGCCAAGAGAACUCAGUAAAUGUUUAUUCUUCUCAGCUUUCUCUUUAAAUUCCCCUAAAUAGCGCCCCAUUUGGGAACAGAGCAAGAGUGUUGAACUAAAGACCAAAAUUCCCUCAAGGUGUAAAAUAAUAUGAGAGGAAUAUUUGCUGGGCGUCACGAAAGACUUGGAUGAAAUUUCAGCCCUGAUGGUUUUCAGUGAUCCAGGAAGCCAGUGAGACAAUCUCUCCAUACGCAGCGCCCUUUCAUGAUAAUUAGAAUGGUAUGGACAAACCGCCGCAAACAAGGAGUAAAGUGAGAAAGGUCCCCCAUGAUUCUGUUUCACUGUUUGCUUUCUCCUGUCAUGGUUAAGAGAAAUGUGCAAUUCGAUCCUCAAUCGGUGGGUGGAGGACAACAGGGUAGAUUUACUUGUGUGCACUUGUACAGUCGUAGCCGAGAGUCCACUAGAGCAUGUAUACUGGCACUGAAUUGGUGAGACAGUUGUGGAGUACCCCAUUCUGACAAAUACAAAAAAAAAAAAAGAAAAAUACAAAAAAAUACAAAAAACCCCCAAAA